AUGACUUGUACACACGCAGCUCUCAGGAGAAAUGAUUUGGUGAAACUUGGAUUCCGAUAUGAUAAUAUUGUGAUGGAAGAAGCGGCGCAGAUUUUGGAAGUUGAGACAUUCAUUCCACUUUUGUUGCAAAAUCCACAAGAUGGACACAAUCGAUUGAAACGAUGGAUUAUGAUUGGAGAUCAUCAUCAAUUGCCGCCAGUUGUGCAAAAUCAGGCAUUCCAAAAAUAUUCGAAUAUGGAACAAUCGUUGUUUGGGCGACUUGUGAGAUUGGGAGUGCCGAAUGUUGAAUUGGAUAAACAGGGUCGCGCUAGGAAAGAGUUAGUUUUUAUGGGGUUUUGAGGAAGAGCUGAAAAAUCUUUCGAAAUUUUUGAAGAGCGAGGUUGUAGAACUCCAAAACUGAGCCCAAAUUUCAAAAUAAUUCAAUUUUGAAAUGGAAAUGUUGAAAUAUGUUCAAAUAUGGCUGUUGAAAAAUUCCCUGCACUAUGUAUAAUUUUUUGGAAAAAAAGUAGAAAAAUCGAAUUUUUUGAUGCAAAACAAAAUUUUUCUGAACCUUUUUCCUGAAUGUUUAGAAAAAAUUUAUAUUUUCAUUACUCAUAAAAUUUUAUGGGUUCGAUUUUUCAUUGAUUUUUCUGCUGUUGUUUUUUCCCACGAAUAAAUUUUCAUAUGAAAAUAUCAAUAUUAAUUUUUUCCCAGAAUCGCUGAACUUUAUCAAUGGAGAUAUAAAAAUCUUGGAAAUUUGCCACAUGUUUUAUCGUCCGACAAAUUCAUGGUGAGAAUACGCUAUUUUAUUGCUCAAAAGCCCCGAUGGGAGAAAAAUCAAUUUCUUGUUUUUCUUUUUCUCGCUGGUUUUUUUUGAUAAGACCUGUCAAGGUUACACGCUUUUUAGUAGUAGUAUUAUCAACAAAAAAAGUAAAAUGUUGCGAUUUUUGAGUGAGAGAGUUACAAAGUUUUUUUUUGUUCUACAGGGUGCAAAUGCUGGUUUCGCAUUCCCAUUUCAAUUCAUCAACAUCGAAGAUUUCAAUGGAAAUGGAGAAUCGUGUCCAACACCGUAUUUCUAUCAAAAUUUGGGUGAAGCUGAAUACGCCGUCUCGCUUUUCACAUAUAUGAGAAUUUUGGGAUAUCCCGGAGAGAAGAUUUCGAUUUUGACGACUUAUAAUGGACAAGCUCAAUUGAUUCGAGAUAUUAUUCAGAGAAGAUGCGAGAAUAAUCCAUUGAUUGGACCACCUGGAAAGAUUUCGACUGUUGACAAAUAUCAAGGACAACAGAAUGAUUUUGUGAUUUUGUCGUUGGUUAGAACCAAACAUAUUGGACAUAUUCGGUAAGGAUUUGAAGAAAUGAAAAUUUAAAGUUCUGAAAUUUCACUGCAAUCAUCUGAAACUAUGUGCAUUUUUCUAGGUUUUUUGAAUUUUUCAAAAUUUAAAGACACGUAGAAAACUAGAAAUCGUUCAAAAAUCAUUGUUUGCAUGUUUUUUAUCAUCCUUUAAAUAGUGGAAGUACAUAAACAAAAUUGAAAAAUAUUGAGUUUAGCGAAAGUCAAAAAAAGAAAUUUCCUUUUUUGAAAUCGCUCAGCCGACGCAAAAUUUAGUGUUUGCACAAAUGUUCGUGAUUUGCCGCACAUGUGUGCAUUCUUAGCAUACCGUACCACCACAUUUUAUUUAUUUAUUUCUUUUUUCAAACGAACAACACACAACUUUGAAAAAGGCGCGCGUUCAAAUUUUGAAGAUUACGAACACACAAUUCUAGUUUUCUACGUGUCUUUAAUCCCAAACCUCCUUACUCAACCCCCUUUUCCCCCCAAAAACCACCAAUUUUUCUCCAGAGAUGUUCGUCGUUUGAUCGUUGCCGUUUCUCGUGCUCGCCUCGGUUUAUUCGUCCUCGGAAGAAUGAAUUUGUUCAAAAAUUGUUUUGAAUUGACAACUGUUAUGAAAUUGGUAGGCCUCAAAAUUACAAGGGAAAAAUUUAAUAUCAAUAAUUUUGCAGUUCACCAAAACCGUCCCGAAAUUGCUGCUUUUGCCAUCCGAAACAAAUCCGACUGAGAGAAAAUUGAACGAAAGAGCAACAGUUUGCGAUCCAAUGCCAAUCGAAGAUGUCUAUCAUAUGGUCAAAUUCGUACACGAUUUCUAUAUGUGUAAUGUGGAAGCAUUAAAAGCCAAAUUAUGAAGCUGCAGUUGCGCAACAUUUAGAAACUCAAAGACAAUUGAAUCCACCAGUUCAAGAAGAAAUGGACGUCGAAACAGAGGCUGAAAAAAGACAACGAGAACAUUUGGAAAAGAAAAAACAAAAAGAAGAGGGAGAUAAAAAAGAGGCUGAUAUUGUAUUCGAAGAUAUGGAUCAUGAAAAAAUGGAAAACGUUGGCAUAUAA